AACUAGAAUUACGGGCGUGAGCAUUCUCAUUUCCUCUUUGUUUAUAUGACUGUGAUCUCCAACCUGAAAUAGUGAGAUUUUAAAGUUGAGAGCCUAUAUGCAAAACUAAUACAAAAACAAUUAAAUGUCAGGACUCCAAAUACGCUAAAUGAAAAAAUAUAUAGAGUACGUAUAAUAGAGAAGCUCUGCUCCAUGAAGGCACUUCCAAGAAAUAGUGGGGAUAACCACGACCAGUUAGUAAGGUGGUGAACUUUACAUAUUUCAAAGUUUAAGGACAUCAGUAUGGCAAGUCCUUCACCACAAUCAUCUCCUAUGCCUCCACCGCAAACGCCAAGUCCUAUGGGUCCUCCUCAGCAGGCACCAUCACCUUCUAACCCACAAGGUAGUCCUAUGGGUCCACCACAGCAUCACCCUCAUAGUCCAACACAAGCAUAUCAAACUGGUCCGCCAAUGCCACCUGGAGGUCCACCUAUGUCUCAACCGAAUCAACAACCUCCAUCGCAACAACAAAAUUAUCCAUCACACCCACAACAAAUGCAAUCCGCUAUGGGUCCACAGAAUCAGAGUGGACCUGGCAUGCCAGUUAGUCAAAAUUCUAAUUCUCAGCAGGCUCCCAGUGGACCUAUGGUACCAGGCCAAAUGGGACCAAGUGGAUCUCAAGGAACAUCUCACAUUAUGCAAUCUGGUCCAAACCAAAUGAAUGCAAAUGGACCAGGACAAAUGAGUGCUGGUGGUCCCGGUCAGAUGGGACCUGGAGGCCCUGGUCCAAUGGGCCCAGGAGGUCCUGGUCAAAUGGGCCCAGGAGGCCCUGGUCAAAUGGGCCCAGGAGGCCCUGGUCAGAUGGGACCAGGAGGCCCUGGUCAAAUGGGCCCAGGAGGCCCUGGUCCAAUGGGCCCAGGAGGCCCUGGUCAAAUGGGACCAGGAGGCCCUGGUCCAAUGGGCCCAGGAGGCCCUGGUCAAAUGGGACCAGGAGGUUCAGGACCGAUUGGAGCAAGCCACAUGGGUCAGGCUGCUGGAGGGCCACCAGGAGGUCCACAUAUGAGUCAGGCUCCUCCUCAGAUGGGUCCCGGAAAUGGACCUGUGCCACAAAUGGGUUCUGGAGGACCUUCGAAUUCGCAAAUGGUACCUGGAGGACCAGGACACAUGAGUGGCCCACCAGGACCAAGCCAUAUGAAUGCAGCUGGACCACCAGGACCAGGACAUAUGAAUGCAAGUGGACCACCGGGACCAGGUCAUAUGAAUGCAACUGGACCUCCUGGAACAGGCCAUAUGAAUGCGACUGGGCCACCAGGACCAGGUCAUAUGAGUUCAGGUGGUCCGCCUGGACCAGGACAUAUGAGCACUAAUGGUCCCCCUGGACCAGGACAUAUUAAUACAAACGGUCCACCAGGUUCAACUCAUAUGAAUGCUAGUGGUCCGCCCGGAAGUCAUUUAAAUAGCGGACCAUCCAUACCAAGUCAUAUGAAUGCAAGUGGUCCACCAGGAUCUGGACAUAUGAGUGCUAGCGGACCAGGAAAUCAUUUAGGCCCCGGAGGGCCAGGUCAAAUGCCUCCAGGUGGUUCUACUGCACAUAACUUGGGGCCAGGAGGACCAAAUCAAAUGGUACCUAGUAGUCAAACCCCUAUGGGGCCUAGCCCCAUGGGGCCUGUUGGACAAGGUGGACAAAUUGGGCCAAAUGCACCUGGCCAAAUGGGACAUAAUGGACCCUCACCAAUGGGUCCAAAUGCUCCUGGACAGAUGAGUAUCGGAUCUGCCUCGUCGCAACUGGGAAUGGGAGGGCCCGGAAAUCAGUUGGGUCCAGGAGGGCCAGGUAGUCAAAUGGGUCCAGGUAGUGGACCUGGAGGACAAUUAGGAAGUAGUCUUGGACAAAUGGGACCAGGAAGUGGACCUGGAGGACAGAUGCCACCAAGCAAUGGACCUGGAGGUUCUAUGGGCCCUGGAAGUGGUCCUGGUGGACAAAUGGUAUCAAGUAGUGGACCUGGAGGUCAAAUAGGACCAGGAAGCAGUCCUGGAGGACAAAUAGGACCAGGAAGUGGUAGUGGAAAUCAAAUAGGACCUGGAAAUGCUCCUGGAAAUCCGAUGACGCCAGGAAGCGGACCUAGCGGACAAAUGGGUCCAGGAAGUGGACCCAAUAGUCAAAUGGGACCAGGAAAUUUGCCUGGAGGACAAAUGGGCCCAGGAAAUAACUCAAAUAGUCAAAUGGGUCCUGGAAAUGGUCCAAGUGGACAGAUAGGCCCAGGUGGUCAAAUGGGACCCAAUGGUCCUGGAGGGCAAAUGGUUCCAGGUGGUUCAGGAGUGCAAAUACCACCAGGUGGUCCUGCAAAUCAAAUGGGACCUGGUGGUCCUGGUAAUCAAAUAGGACCAAGUGGACCAAACAAUCAGCUAAGCCACAGUGGUGCUAGCAAUCAAAUGGGACCAAGUGGACAGUCAUCUUCUGGCCAAAUUGGCCCUGGUUCACAGGGCCAACAAAUUGUUCCUGGAGGUUCAGCGCCAAUUGGGCCUGGUGCACCUGUGAAUCAAAUGAGUCAAACUGGACCUGGUGGCCCACCUGGUGCUGGACAAGAAAAUUUGAAUGCUUUACAGAAAGCUAUUGAUUCAAUGGAAGAAAAGGGACUUCAAGAGGAUCCACGUUAUUCUCAGCUACUAGCUUUAAGGGCUCGUCAAGGCAACAUUGGAGAGAAACAAGCUUUUAGUUCACAACAAUUACAACAAUUGCGUGUACAGAUAAUGGCAUAUCGUUUAUUAGCAAGAAAUCAACCGUUAUCGCAACAACUUGCACUUGCUGUUCAAGGUGGAGCACCUCCUCCUCCAGGUAUGGGACAACGUACUCCUAUAGAUCCAUCUCAAGGACCUCCUACUACUACAGGUCCACAAAUCUCUGGACCAAAUGUAAUUGGUCCUGCGGUUCCUCCAAGACCAGGUUGCCAAACACCACAACAACAACAACCUCCUCAACCAGGUGCUAAAACUAACAGAGUGACAAGUGUGGCAAAACCAGCUGGUUUAGAUCCGCUACUGAUUUUGCAGGAACGUGAAAACAGGGUCCAAUGUGAAAACAAACUUCACUCUCAUACAUCGAGGAAAGCGACACAUGCAUUUCUUCAAUUAAAACGUUUUAUGGUUAUAGUUGCAGCACGCAUAGCGUUACGAAUGGAACAAUUGAGCAAUUUACCAACUAACAUGCCAGAAGAUCUCCGUAUCCAGGCACAGAUUGAGUUACGGAUGCUUAGGGUACUGAAUUUCCAAAGACAACUACGAUCAGAGAUUUUAGCAUGCACUCGAAAAGAUACUACCUUAGAAACUGCAGUGAAUGUAAAGGCCUACAAGCGUACGAAAAGACAAGGACUUAGGGAAGCCAGAGCUACAGAGAAACUCGAAAAGCAACAAAAAUUGGAAGCUGAACGUAAACGAAGGCAGAAACAUCAAGAGUUUCUUAGUUCUGUACUUCAACAUGGUAAAGAUUUCAAAGAAUUUCAUAGAAAUAAUGUGGCCAAAUUGGCAAGACUCAACAAAGCUGUUCUAAAUUACCAUGCAAAUGCUGAAAGAGAACAGAAGAAAGAACAGGAGCGUAUUGAGAAAGAACGUAUGAGACGUCUUAUGGCGGAAGACGAAGAAGGUUACAGAAAACUGAUUGACCAAAAGAAAGAUAAACGGUUAGCGUUUCUGUUGUCACAGACGGAUGAAUAUAUCAGUAAUCUUACUGAAAUGGUAAAACAACACAAGAUAGAACAAAAAAGGAAGCAAGUGGAAGAACAAAAGCGUAAAAAGAAAAAGAAGAAGUUGCAAGAUGGCGAAGGUGGUGAAGAUGGAAAUGCUAACGAAGAUACUCGUGUUGGAGUGAUUGAGACAGCUACUGGUCGCACAUUAACUGGCGAAGAAGCACCGCUAAUGAGUCAACUUUCACAAUUCUUAGAAUCUCAUCCAGGAUGGGAACCAAUUGAAUCCGAAAGUGAGGAUGAUGAAGAUGAAGAGGAAGAAGAAAAUGAAGGCGAAGAAAAAGGGGAAAAUAAAGAAAAAUCUACUGGCGAUUCAGAAGAAGAAAAGGUUAAGAAGACUAUACAUAAAGCCAAAGUAGAGGAUGAUGAAUACAAAACAGAAGAGCAAACGUAUUACAGUAUUGCACACACUGUGCACGAGGUAGUAACAGAACAGGCAUCUAUCAUGGUCAAUGGAAAAUUGAAAGAAUAUCAAAUCAAGGGUUUGGAAUGGCUGGUGUCAUUAUUUAACAAUAACCUCAAUGGUAUACUUGCGGAUGAAAUGGGUCUUGGCAAAACUAUUCAAACAAUAGCUUUGGUGACUUAUCUUAUGGAGAAAAAAAAAGUAAAUGGGCCAUUUCUUAUAAUUGUCCCUUUAUCAACUUUGUCGAAUUGGGUAUUGGAAUUUGAGAAAUGGGCUCCUAGUGUUGUAGUUGUGUCGUAUAAAGGUUCACCAGCUGGCAGAAGAGCCAUUCAAUCUCAAAUGAGAGCCACUAAAUUUAAUGUUUUACUUACUACUUAUGAAUAUGUUAUUAAAGAUAAGGGCGUUUUAGCAAAAUUGCAGUGGAAAUAUAUGAUUAUCGACGAAGGACACAGAAUGAAAAAUCAUCACUGUAAACUAACUCAAGUAUUAAAUACACAUUAUCUGGCUCCUCAUCGGCUUCUACUAACAGGAACACCAUUGCAAAAUAAAUUGCCUGAAUUGUGGGCGUUAUUAAAUUUUUUACUUCCUUCAAUCUUUAAAUCUUGUAGUACUUUCGAACAAUGGUUCAAUGCUCCAUUCGCAACCACUGGUGAAAAGGUAGAAUUAAAUGAAGAAGAAACUAUUCUUAUUAUUCGCCGAUUACAUAAAGUAUUACGUCCUUUCUUACUGAGGCGUUUAAAGAAAGAAGUUGAAUCACAGUUACCUGAUAAAGUUGAAUACAUAAUCAAAUGCGAUAUGUCUGGACUGCAAAAGGUUCUUUAUAAACACAUGCAGAGUAAAGGUGUAUUGCUAACUGAUGGUUCGGAAAAGGGAAAACAGGGCAAAGGAGGCGCCAAAGCUCUAAUGAACACCAUUGUGCAAUUGAGGAAAUUAUGCAAUCAUCCAUUCAUGUUCCAAGCUAUUGAAGAAAAAUACUGCGAGCAUGUAGGUACGCAAGGAUCUGGUGUGAUUACUGGUCCCGACUUGUACCGUGCCUCUGGAAAAUUUGAAUUGCUGGAUCGUAUUCUUCCGAAAUUGAAAGCGACAAAUCACAGAGUACUAUUAUUCUGUCAAAUGACACAGUUAAUGACAAUUAUGGAAGAUUACUUAAGUUGGAGAGGAUUUAUGUAUUUGCGAUUAGAUGGUACUACGAAAGCUGAAGAUAGAGGGGACUUACUUAAGAAAUUCAACGAUCCUGGUUCUGAAUAUUUCUUAUUUUUGUUAUCGACACGUGCUGGUGGCCUUGGAUUAAAUUUGCAAGCUGCGGAUACCGUUAUUAUUUUUGAUUCUGAUUGGAAUCCGCAUCAGGACUUGCAAGCACAAGAUAGAGCACAUAGAAUUGGACAAAAGAAUGAAGUACGCGUACUCAGAUUAAUGACGGUUAAUUCGGUUGAAGAAAGAAUAUUGGCUGCAGCUAGAUACAAAUUGAACAUGGAUGAAAAGGUUAUACAAGCAGGAAUGUUCGAUCAAAAGUCGACUGGUUCUGAACGGCAACAAUUCUUGCAAAGCAUUUUGCAUCAAGAUGAUGCUGAAGAUGAAGAAGAAAAUGAAGUACCGGACGAUGAAACGGUUAAUCAAAUGAUUGCACGGACGGAAGGUGAAUUUGAAAUAUUUCAAAAGUUAGAUUUAGAACGAAGAAGGGAAGAAGCGAAACUGGGUCCAAACAGAAAGUCCCGACUAUUGGAGGAAGCUGAGUUGCCCGAUUGGUUAGUAAAAGAUGAUGAUGAGGUUGAAAGGUGGACGUACGAAGAAGAUGAGGAUAGAUUCCUUGGACGAGGUUCAAGACAACGGAAGGAAGUUGAUUAUACUGACAGUUUGACUGAAAAAGAAUGGCUGAAAGCAAUCGAUGACGAUGGAGCUGAGUACGAAGAGGAAGAGGAAGACGAUAAGAAGAAGAAGAAAACACGAAAACGGAAGAAGAAAGGCGAGGAAGACGACGAGCCUAUGCCAAAGAAGCGAAGAGGAACAGGAUCUUCAAUUGACCCGAAAAUGAAACGAGCUAUGAAAAAGUUGCUUAUGGUAGUUGUUAAUUACACUGAUAGUACGGAUGGCAGGCUCCUUAGCGAACCAUUUAUGAAAUUACCAUCCAGAAGAGAAUUGCCGGAUUAUUACGAAAUUAUUAAAAAACCAUUAACUAUCAAUAAAUUACUUCAAAAGAUUGAAGAAGGAAAGUAUGCCGAUUUUGACGAUCUUGAGAAAGACUUUAUGCAGCUGUGUAAAAAUGCACAAAUUUAUAAUGAAGAAGCUUCUCUCAUACACGAAGAUUCCAUUGUUUUACAAUCUGUAUUUACGAAUGCGCGUCAACGUAUCGAAGAGGAAGGCAAUAAUUCUGACAUGGAUGACAAAGGUGAAGGCGAAGAAGGGUCUGACGCAGAUUCCACUGUCAGAAUGAGAAUCAAGUUGAAAGGAAGGAAGGGCGAAGGUAGAGGAGGCCGGAGAAAAAGGGUCACUAAAAAGUAUAUAUCGGAUGACGACGACGAUGGUGACGAUAACUGAAGAUUAUAUGAAGACUGUAUGAAUUAUUAGAUUGUCUUAGAUAAUAAAUAAGGUACAGUUUCAUUUAACUAUUUGAAAUUACUAUCCUACUACUGUUAUUAGUAGUUCAACCAUAUGACAUUUUAUACAAAUGUAACCAAGUAUUAUAAUUUGAUUAUGAGCUAAAAAUACCAUUAUUAAUUAAGUUAUGCAUUUUUCAGAAAUUCUCUAUUGAAAAUUGCAUGUUGUCCGUAUUAAACUAAACUCUGAUACGAACUGGAUGAAUUAGGAUAUAUAUAAAAGGUGCGAGCGAUAUAGUGAGGUCGUAAAAUCAGUCAGUGGUUAAUGCUUACAACUUUCAGGAACUUGGUUCAGUGACACGUUCCCGGAUUCCCGGACCAUCUUUCUUGUUAUUUCCGAAUGGCAUUCGCUUUACAUCUUUUCUUGAUCUUUGCCUCUCUCCUUGUGGGAAGGUGAGUGUUUGCUUGUAGUCCUUUGCUGCAACUCUCUCCUCUUGUCUCUGGGUAAUUAGAAAGUCAAAGGGGAAAGACCGGCUAUCAUACUUUAUUCGAGACAAUGAUAUAUGCUCCGGAGAUUCGGAACGUGUACAAUGCGUGGACUUUGUACACGUGUGCCGCGUGUGUUUGCCUCUUGACCGUCCAGGCCCACACCGACACGCCAUAUACGUAGAAUGAAUCGUACUACGGCGGCCAGGAAUCGCCUGCACGGCUGUCUUAGUCUGUCUAUAUUCGGUAUAUUCGGCUUAAUUUGUUCAUAAGCUCUAUUGCUUUCGUCAAUUUGCGCGGCGAAAGUGGGAUUCUUGUCCAUGAUUGUACUCAAGUACUUCAUAUACCUUUUCUCCUCCACGAUUUCUUAUUUUGUGGGAAAGACUGGUUUUGUUUUGCCUUAGACGAUGAUAAGGCCCAGCCAGUGCUUUAGCUUUACGUACGACUCCUGCAAUUGUAUUGUUGGCGUUUUGGAUUGUGGGUCCGAUGCUUCUAUCCGAGCAGCGUGCCCUGCCAUGGCCCAUCCUAUCCGGAUUUUGAUGACUACCUAACGCUUUUAUCGAAAGCUGUCUACUUUAACCUUCGACUGAUCGAUUUUUAAAUUUCACUAUAUCGUUUCCAUUUACUCUAAUUAUUAAGUUAUAUUUUAUUUGAAAUAAACAUGUAACCUGUAUAAUGUACAGUAAGUAACUUAACGUUAAGUAUUGAUACAUAAUUUUAUUUGAUUUUUAAAACAAACUAUAUAUUAGAUUCGAAUACAUUGCCUCCCUCGAUAAAUUUUAUAUUCAUAGAUAAACCAAUAUAAAUCUUAUAUAAUAUUUGGAAAUACAUCGAAAAACGGUAAUAAUUAAAACUAAACGUUGACGUUGACUUAGGAAAGAAUCAUUUAGUAUUAUUUGUUACUCAUUAAUCUUAUUAUUGACUAAUAUUUUGAUUAAUAUAUGUAGACACAUAAUAAUUUGAAAGAUGUUGCCAUUGAACAUUAAUCUUUCAAUACACGUCGAAGUAGGGCAGGAACACUUGUUAAUUAUUUUAUUUCUCCGUAUUUAAACCACUAUAGAUAAUAUAAAUUACUAUCUUUAAUAUAUAAAUAUACAAAAAUCAAGUUUUCUUAUUAGACUGUAAUAUUUCGUUGGUAAUUGUCCCAUGAAUAACCGAAUGCUGUGGUAUUACGUUUUAUGACAAAUCAACUUAUUUCAUUUUUCAUUAUGCUACGACUUCAUCUUAUAUCAUAUGUAUGAAUGUGACUAAAUAAAUAUUGAAAAACUCAAAAAAA